CUUUCUUUUUCUGCUUCUUUAUUUUCGUUUCGCUAAAUGGUGGAAGCCACCUGUAGGAUUUCCUCCAAAAAUUCCAGUAAAUUUAUUGAUAAUCCUAUGAAAAGUUAGCAAAUCUAGUGUAAAUUGUUCUACAAUCCGUCCAAAGUGCGAUGAGGCCGUUAAUUUAUGUGGGUUUGAUUGUAGUGGCGUCGGUGUUUGCCACUGCUGAAACCGGAGCCGGCAUCAAAACCGUCACCGAUGAUGAUCUCGUCAAAUUGUUUCACAGCCAUUCCAAUUUUGUGGUGUUGUUUUCCAAAAAGAACUGCGAAACAUGCGACAAGUUAGAAGUUGUUCUUGGAAAUCUCAAACAAGAAAUCAAAGAUAACCUUGAAGCGGAAAUUGUGAAAGCAACUGGAAGUCAAAUGGCCCGCUUGUACAGCCCAACGAAGGAACCUGCUGUGGUAUUCUUUAGGCAUGGUGUGCCCCUGCUGUAUGAUGGUCCAGCCAAUGAAGAUGCGUUGAUCGGGAAACUUGUGCAGAACAAGGAUCCAAAUGUUAAGGAACUAUCCGAUGAAAAUUUUGAACACCUUACCCAGGCUUCCAGUGGCGCCACAACGGGAGAUUGGUUCAUCAUGUUUUACACAUCUAAUUGCGUUGACUGUCAAAGAUUAACUGCUGUUUGGGAAGCCGUGGCCGGAGAUCUCAAAACGCGCAUGAAUGUCGCCAGAAUCGAAAAAGAUGGAAAAGGAAGGGCAACAGCCGAUCGGUUUCUCAUUAAAGAAGUGCCUUCUUUUAUCUUCUUACGGCAGGGUAAGUUCUACCGUUAUGAGAUCAAAAAAUACGACGUCAAAUCAUUCGUGACGUUUGCACAAGACUGGUACAAAAACGCUUCGCCGGAGAAAGUUCCUGUUCCGCAAUCACCAUUCGACCAAGUGGUGGAACAGGCGGUACACCAUUUGAAAAAUCUACCAGAAUACGUCAACCAGCUCAAGACUGCACAACCCACAAUAUUCUACGUGAUAUGUGGAUUGAUCGUGUUUGUGAUUGUGGGAUUCAGUGCUGCCAUCGUAUUGGCAGUUCUCACCCGUUGCAAGGCAGCCGCUAAGAGCAAGAAAACUCGUGCUAAGAAAGCAAAAUAAAAGUUGAGAUCAGAAACGACAAAAAAAAAAACAUCUUCCUGACGUUAACAAGAACCGACAGCAUCCGAAUCUCUUGUUAACAUUGUAAUACAUAUGUGUAUUAUCAUUUUUUACUGAUCUUUUGCAUCAUUAUUCUAAAUUAUAAUGAUUCGAAGCGGCUGCUGAGAUCUUCAAGCGCAAAAAACAUUUAAAAACUAAAUAAAAAGCAAACAGUUGCCUGAAAAAUACCA